AUGCCACCUGAGUCUCCUGACAAGAAGUUUGUUCUGAUUGUCGGAGACUCCCAUCUACGAGCCAUUGUAGAUGGUUUGGUCCAGAUGCCAGAGGAACCCUUUUCCUUUGGCUUCAUGUCGACCCCAGGGGCUGCUGCCUCUGCCCUGCGGACCGAGGUGCUGAAUGCUGUGGUUCCUCGGAUCCCUGACGCCGUUUGUCUUUUGGCGCCUAGCAACAACCUGACAGCCAGCAGGACCAUCGAGGAGGCUGCCGCCGACUACACCAAGCUCCUCAUCGGCAUUCGCAGCCGCUGGCCCAACGUUUUUGUUGUUGACUUCCCUCCCCGCCUGAACUGUGAAGUGUCUUACCAGGACCUCCUUCGUCAGGAAUACCACCGUGUUUCAGCACGCAUGGGUGUGCGGUACUUCUCAGCUGUGGAGUACUUCCCCCAUGACCGGCUGCAGCUGUGGAGCAGUGAUGGUGUCCAUCUGAGCGAUCAUGAUGGGAUGGGGAUCCUCGUCCAUUUGCUGUGGUCAGCCACCAUGCAGCAACUGGAGACACCACCACCAGCACCCCAGGUCUCUCCCAGGCCUUCACCACCAGUUAGGAAAUUCUCUCCUAAACUGGUUGUGAGGGGAGAGGCCCCCGCUCCACGGUCACCUGACCCCUUUCAGUGGCAGCCAGCCAGUCAUUGCCGCAAGACGAGCCAGCCUGGUGAACCUUCCAAGUCCAAGGGUUCAGCCCAGACCAGGAUGGCUCAGCAGCAGGUGGAGGAGUGCUUCUUUCCACUGAACCCAGUCUGGUUCAGCAGCACAGCAUUAAGUGCUAUGGAGGAAGUGUCUCCUUCUCAUCUGUCUUGCCCAGUGGACUACCAGACCCCUCCAAAGCACAAGAAGGUGGCCAGACGACCUGAGGCCACAGCCAGACCCCACCGCAGGUCUCCAGUGAGCAACCUGGUUCGAUCACCCCCAACCAGAAUGUCCUUGAGUGUGGGUGAUGCAGCAACCCCCUGCUGUUCACCGGCUGCAAAGGUGGACAGACGACCUGAGACCACAGCCAGACCCCAACGCAGGUCUCCAGCAGUGAGCAACCUGGUUCGAUCACCCCCAACCAGAAUGUCCUUGAGUGUGGGUGAUGCAGCAACCCCCUGCUGUUCACCGGCUGCAAAGGAUCAAGACACCUUCACCAACCGUGCCAUCCUGGACCAUUACAGACACAGGCUGCGACCCCCCCUCCCCAGCGAAGGCGGCCCAAUCACCGAUUCCCUCAUCAGCUAG